CGUAAUAUAACAGGCAGGUGCUUGCAUGAUGCACUUGUACAUCACAAUUUAAUUAGGCUACAGCCUAAGGAAGUGUACAAAGCUUGGCCAUUACACACACACACACACACACACACACUCAAGCACAAGUAUCUCUUGAUAAUUGGGCAGUUUACAUAGUGCGCACUGCACUGGCUUGAAUUUCUCUUUUUGACUAGUGGCUGAGGUGUACACACUAGCGUAGGUAGAGCCACAACUCGGGUGCUGUGUAAACGGUCAGUUGAUGUAGGCCCAGCUACUGGCUCCUAGCAGGCUGCUCUACCCACUCACACGGACAAAGAUGGAGCAGCUGAAAAGGGGGAGAGUGAGAAAGACAGAGAGAGUGGGAGGAGCACUGCUAGCUGCAGCACAGUGGCGAGCGAUUUCGGUGGCAGUAGUCUGUGCAGUGCCCUAGGGAGUCGUGGGGUGACUGUGCUUAAUGAAAUUUAGAGGCUACUAUUGUGUGUGCAUGCAGAGUUUGUCAGAAGGGGGAGUUAGGAGUUAGUCUAGAAGCCGCAAAUUGAGUGAUCCAGUAGACCUUGCAAAAUGUAUUGCUGGUUUGUGUGUGUGUUAGAAAUGCAAGGCCCUUGUCUAGUUGGGGAAUUUAUUAUCAUGAUAAUUAUAUGAAAUGAGAAUAAAGAAUAAAGCAGUCACAUUGCCCCUUUCAAAAGGCAGUCUCUGGUGCCGGUCGCAUUAUGCUGUUCUGAUGGUCUGUUUGCUAACCCAAAGAUAUCGCUAUUCUUCCCACUACAGUUCUUUCUGGUUCCAGCGACAAAACACUCUACCUCGGCGAACUUCAAUAGCCGCUACACACACUUUUUGCAUUAUUGAGACCUUUUUGUGGUUAUUAUCACCUGGAUUAUUGACUCCUCCUUUUGUCUGUACUUUACGUGCAUGCGGCGGGUAGAUACGUGAAUCGUGAUCUGAUACGCGUUCGUCGUCUCGACCUCUUGGACACCAGACGCGGACGGACACGGACGACCCGGCCGGCCGCCGGACGCCUGGGCGGGCGGGCUAAAUUACCACCGCCGCGCGGCGCGCGGCCAGUGCGCGCCGAUUUCGUAUAAAACCGGAACGAUUCCGACAGUGUAGCAUGUUCACCUUCCUCGAGUCCUGGAACAAGGAACAGCACCGAAAAAAAUCUAGCCCUCUCGAUUGCAUAAUUGCAACAAGCGACCGAAGAUGCAGCAGCAAAACCUGCAGAAAUUGAUCCACGUCUCUCUCCUCGUCCUGCUGGCGACCGGACUCAACUCGGCCGAAUUGAGCCGUCAAGGCUCCCGGCUAGCGGAGAACUUGGGCAUGUUACUGGGUCUCCCGCUGGAUAUGGAGAUCCCUAGAACCAAUGCCAGUGCAGUCCCGCAGUUCCUCAUGGACGUCUACAACUGUUGGACAAAUCUCGGAGCCAACAACGUCGACCGCGCAUCGUGCCUACCCAUCAGCGACCGUGCGGCGAAGAACCUGGAAGAUAUCAACGUCGUGCGAGGCGUGAAGGGGACAGCCCUACCAACCUCUUCUGAGGGAGUCUUCAGUCACUCUCCCCACCGACUGCCCGCUUCCAUUACCUACCACUUCAACGUGAGCAAGAGACGAGUCAAGGAAGACGUCAGAUACGCCUACGUCCGCAUCCCAAAGCAAGCUCUCCCACAGAAGAGCAUUGAGCGUGUAAAGGAGCAGUGCAGUGGCCCCUUCUCCCUGCAACUUCUAAUGAGAGUCCAUUCCAACGAAACCGACACCACACCCCGCAAUGUUUUCACCCUUCUGUCCAGUGCUCAGCUUACACUAGACGGCAUCGGUCGAUCUAUCCAGGUCGAAUUCAGCAACAUCACUCACCAGUUCACGCAGUGGCAGAAAGAGGACAUGGCCCCAACGAGAUGGGAUGUCGUGGAGGUCAGGCUCAUUAUCGGCGGAAGCGACUCGUGCUACAACACGCUCACCCCAGAAGACCUCGGCUUCCGACUAGACACUAACGCCCACAUUGUUGUCUUUGCGAAAAGCGACGAUUCAGAAGAGGCACUCAUAAAAGCCGGACUCGCCGAACUCGCAGCAGAGGCAACUGCAUCGAGACAGAGAAGAAACGCUGAAGACAGUGGGAGCAUGCAGGGAAGCGACACUGCUGACCAAACAGUUUCUGGUAGACCCAACCUUACCCAUCUGACCAACCACACAGAGUUCAAUGCAUCCACCUACCACCUUCGAUCCUGUCGGCGCUAUUCUCACACGAUCUCAUUUGCGGAGCUGGGAUGGGGCGACUACAUAUUCCUCCCUGAAACAUACGAAGCAAAUUUCUGCGCUGGAUCCUGCGAAUAUCCACUCACGACAAACCACAACACAACAAAGCACUCGUACAUCCAGAGUCUAGCUGCAAAAUUGAAUCCAGACCUCGUACCGCCACCUUGCUGCACUCCUCACACUUUAUCAUCGGUGAACGUUAUAUACGCCACUGAGAGCGAGAACUUUGUUGCACACGAGUGGCACGAAAUGCGGGCAGAGGUAUGUGGAUGCAAGUAACUUUCUUCUAUGUCACAUUAUCGUUGUUUGGCAAUGUCACUUUUAUAUAUAAUAUAGAGAUAGAGUGCUUCAGUUUUACUAUCACUUUCUCCAUCCUCUCAUACAUCAAAAUGUUAUUAUUUUGCCUGGCAAUAUCUGUAAAUCAAUCAUAUUAUUAUUAUAUGGCAAUAAUCCUAAUAAAUUAUUAUCAUGACAGUAUCUAUAUGGUGUUAUCUGUAUUAACAAGAUUUCUCAAAGAA